AAUGUUUCGUCAAAAAAUUAUUUAUAUUAUAAUGUAAAAGCAUAAAUAAUCAAUUCCCUUUAUCAUUAGUAGUGUAAGUCCAGUUUGAUUUUAAAAUAGUCACACAAAUCGCAAGGGAGCGAAAGGCAAUCAAUCGUCCAGUUUUACACUACAUGUAACAGUUGUAGUUUUGGAACGCUUCGCUUUUCACAAAAACAAUUUUAUUUUUUACAUUUUCUGUCAACCACAUACAACCACAGAUCCUGUGUUGUUGCUCAUAGCAGUCAAAGCUCCCUCAAGAAAUAUUAUACAUGGACUUACCGAGACGAAAAAUUAUUUUUAGUUGAUCACGCGACUUCUUUUCAUUUGUUUGAACCAAUAUUAAACGGUGGAAAAUAUAUUUUGUGUGGAGAGCUCUACCAUGCUUACAAGUAGUACCCCGGGUAACAACACCAUAAACUGAUCAGUGUUUUACUAAUAACAACACUAAUCGAAAUUGCACUUAUUUCAGCUGCUGUAGAUAUUCAUAUUUAAGCCGAUAUCUUCUUCACAUAUGUAAACCAACAACGAGUUUACCAUGGACCCAGACACGGCGGCUGCCAACAUUCGUUCCUUAUCAUGUAAGUUGGACACAGAAUUAAAAAAAAAUACCGAUUGGAACAAGGUUGUCGAAAUAUUAAAAGAAAUCAGCGAAAUAUUCAAGACAGAGAGCAGCCGUAGCUUGACCGUCUCUUCAGAGUUCCUUGAAACAGCAAGUACAAUUCUAGAAACCUAUUUGGCUGAAUCAAGAGAAGUCAAAGGUUUAAAUCAGACAGUUACUGAAGUCUUUAGAUGUUUACGCAAUUCAUGCAUCGGUUCAAAAGAUAACCAAGACACCAUUUGUAGAAACUCUCGAAUCCCACUUCUGGCUCGAGACUUUAUUCGUAUGAUCUUAAAAGAAGGAAGUGAAGAUGCUGAAGUCCAACUCUGUUGUGCUGUACAGUUCAUUGGUAAUGCUGUGGUGAAUAACUAUGACAAUCAAAUACUUGUUUGGAGCAGUUUCUCUCCUGACUUCCCUCUUUUGUUAUCAAGUUGUGAUUGGAAUUUGGGUCACUACACCUGCAUGGUAGUUCACAAUUGCUUGGCUACCUUAAUUAGCCAGCCAAAUGCAGAUAUCCGUCCAAUUGAUGUUAAAGACCCACUCAUGCAAUCCCUUAUUUUAGCUGUUAUGGACAUGCUCAAAAAAGAAGAUUCAGAAUGGGGGAUUUUUGUUCUGGAAGAUUUUUUACUUGUUGAGGAUUUCAUCUCUGUGAUGUAUCCACAAAUGGAUAAUGAACAGAAGCUUUUGGUUUUGGAUGUAAUGGCAAACCAACUACAAAGACCAUGUGAAGAAAACAAAGAUUUUCAGGAUUAUUCUCCUCAGAUCUGUGAAUCUAAUCUUUUGUAUUUGGCUAAAGAUUUUAAAGAAAUGUCCAAUAUUCUGCUGUCUUUAGGGGAUUCUGAUACUGUUGAUGGUAAAGAAAUGGAAGAGGUGUCAUUUGUUUUCUGCCACGAAGUCUAUGCCUGUCACAAUUGUUCCUUUCAGCAACCUUUUGUACUCCUAAAAGAACUGGAAGUUCUUUGCUGGGCUACAUGUCAACAUAUUGGUUACCGUGCUUUAACGCAGGAUGAUACUGGACUACUUUCAUGUGCCAUUAAAUCCUUUAAUAAAAGAAGAAAAAAACAACAGUCAACAAAACAGUUUUGAGACUGAGUUUAAUGUAAGAUUUUUGUUGCAAGUAAUCAAUCAAUAGCCAUCAUAUAAAUCAAUACUUAUGGUCAUUAUGUUGGGUGUAGUGCUGCAAGGAAAAAUGUUUUUGAUUUAAAAAUACAAAAAUAAAAAAAAAAGAAGAAAAAUGAAAGAAAAAAAAAUUUCAGUUACAUAAACAUUUCCCAUAUAUUUUCUGUAUUGCCAUGUCCAACAACUUUGGCGCAAUAUUUGUAUUGCAGCAUUUGCUAUUGUUGUUAUUUAUUAUUUAGUAAUUAGUUUAUUUAUUGGUGCUGCAGAUAGACAACAUAUGCAGCAGAUAUUUAUUACAGCCAGACAUAUGCCCAGAUGGUAUUUUCUGCAGUCUGCAGAAACUGUCUUAUUUUCAUGAUUACUGCCUAAUUGGCAAUUUAGGACAAUGUCAGUGAUGUCUAAUUCAAUAAAACUAGCUUAGAGUAGAAGGAAACAAUUAGAUGAAGGAAGGCUGACAUUUUUAGGUGGUGGUGGUAGUAGUAGUAAUGGUGGUGAUUGUAGUGCUGUUGGCAAGGGGUUUUAUAAUGUCGUCAUUGUUUUCUUGAACCUUCUGACAAGCUUGUAGAUAGAAACUGAUGUAUCCUUUGCAUUUUUUUCCUUUUUGUGGAGGGAAAUACAGUAGCUGUGUGUCUAAUAAGAUUUGGAUAUCAAUGUCUCUUAUGAAAAACUACUAUAUGAUUCUCUGGCUUCCACUGUAUUACUUUGUCUCUUGCAAACUUUGGUAAUUAGAUUUCUCAAUCGGCAAUUGACACUGUCUAUUGAAGAAGUGCUCCUUCAGAUCUUUAAUGAAAUAUUUAUUUAACAUCAAUGAAGAUGUUAGCUGUCUAGUCAGACCAGAUCUUUUGUUUCUUAUUGGUCAAAUUAUAGAUAUUUUUAUUUUAUUUUAUUUUAUGGAAUUCCUUCACCAAAUAACUUUCUAGGGGGGUGUAAUUCCAGUUUAAAUGGAAUUUCUAUUUUCUGUCUUCUUUCUUUGAGUCAGCCACCACACCCCAUAGAAUAAAAAGACAAUUUGAAUACAGGGCCAGUUCAAACAGAGAUGACAUUUAAUAGUUUUCUGCUAUUCUACACUGUGAUAGCCUUAGCCUAACUGAUAUCAAAAGGUUUGCCAUUAAUUCUCAUCAG